AUGGAAACCAUUGCAACCAAAUCAGUAACCAAAGCUAGAAGCAAUAAUAAACUCUCCAACACAAUCCAGAAGCUCACUACUCUCAAUUUUGCUUCAAACAAUGCCCUUUUCUUCCUCACUACUCAUGAAACCAAAGCACAUCAUCAUCAAUCUAAGAACAAAAAUGAAGAAUCCAAAGCAAGAACAAGAAGAAGAGAGGUUAUGGAGGCUCUUAUUGCAAGGCUCUUUGCUGGUGUCACCACCAUUAAAGCUUCCUAUGCAGAGCUGCAAAUGGCUCAGCAACCUUACAACAAUGAAGCAAUUCAGAAAGCUGAUCAAGCUGUUGUUGAUGAACUCAUUUCCAUCUCUGAGUUGAAGAAAACGUUCUUGAAGAAAGAACUUAACAUUUCAUCACCACAAGUCACUCUCAUGCUUGCAGAGGUUCAAGAACAACAAAGCCUAAUGAAGACCUUUGGAAUCACCAUUCAAAAGCUCCAAUCUUUGGCUGAUACCAAAGAUUCUGAAAUCUCAUCAAUGAAGAAACAGCUUCAUGAGUGCACUGCAUUCAACAAAUCACUUGAGAAGAAGCUACACUCAAGUGCUUCAUUAUCAAAGUUCGAGAAUCUUCAUCUCUCAGAACUUAACACAACACACUUCAUCCAUUUUCUUCAACAUACUCUAAGCACAAUGAAGAGCUUCACGAAGUUGAUUAUCAAAGAAAUGGAAUCAUCCAAUUGGGAUUUAGAACUAGUAGCCAAAUGUAUCCAACCAGAUGCAGUUUUUAUCAAACAAAGCCAUCAAUGCUACGCAUUUGAAUCCUUUGUAAACAUGACAAUGUUUGAAGGCUUCAAUGUUCCAAGUGAACCACUUGAGAAACACCAUAACAGAAACCUUUACUUGGAAAACUUCAAGAGGCACAAAUCUCUGAACACAAAACACUACUUAUCAGCACACGAUCCAAACUCAUCGUUUGCCAGAUUCUUGAAAUCCAAGUACCUUCAGGUGGUUCAUGAAAAAAUGGAGUGUUCCUUCUUUGGAAACCUUAACCAUAGGAAGCUACUCAAACUCAACAAUGGUGGUGUCCCAGAUUCAGCUUUCUUCGUUGCUUUUGCGGAGAUGGCAAAGCGUGUAUGGUGUUUGCACUGUUUGGCACUUUCUUUAGAUGAAGAUGUCAGAAUUUUUCAGGUGAAGAAGAACACUAGAUUCUCUGAGGCCUACAUGGAAUGUGAAGCAGAACAAGUAGUUUCAACCUCCUCAGAGGAAGUUACUGAUUCCGAUUCCGGCGAGCUUCGGGUGGGUUUCACGGUGGUUCCAGGUUUUAUGAUUGGAAAAAGUGUUAUACAGAGCCAGGUUUACCUUUCUCCAGUGAGUUAGAAUGCAUAUAUUUGGUCUCA